ACUCCACAUCAUUGCAUUGGUUGUGUUCAGAUUCUGUAUUUAUAUCCUAAAUUACUUCCUUUUGGCUGUUUCUAAGCCAAUUGUUAUCAGCAGUUCAGAGUAUGGACAUUUCCAAUGGCCAUUCAAUCAGAAGGCUGCAAACACUGGCCUGGAAAAGUCCCGAUUUGCACGUGACUCAGGUGUUACUCAGCAGCCUCGCCCAGACCUCCCCCGCAGGGGAAUUCUCGCCUCACCACACCGGAAGCGAGGGGCUAUUUUAGGCUAAGGAUGCCGCCGGCUCGGGGAUCUCGAUUUGGGAUCCACUCUGCCAUGGUUAGCGAUGUCUCCUGAGGCACAAAAUUCCGUAGGCUGCGUCUUCUCCCAGAUUCGACUAAAAAACGCGAAACUACACCAAGGCGCCUGGGUUUUGAGGGAGAUGUGAUCCAAACCACACAUUAGCUCCACCGAGCGAGCAGGGACGCUCGGGCAGAUCCCGAACAUGUCCGCUGCUCUGGCAACCAGGACCGGCACCGCCUUCCGGGCUGCGCGCGCCGACCGCUCCCGGCCGCGCGGCUUCCGGGCUGCCCGGGCGCGCCUGCGCCGUGGGGCGCGGGAGACUGACAGGAGCCUGGGAGGGAGGGGGCAUUCUCGGGCACCCCAAACCGCGAGGCGGCACGAGGAGGAGAGGCCCGAAAACAAAGCGAAGCGCCGCCCAAGUCAGACGCGCGCCCCUGCCAGGACCGAAGUAAACCAAGAUUUCAUUCCCAAGAUGGAAAGUCCUUCCGGCUCGGCCGUGAUUUUACCUAGCACUCCGCAGGCCUGUGCGGAUCCCCCGUCUCCGCGUACGGAUAGUUCACGGAAAGCGCCCAUGAGUGCAACACUUAAAGAAAGAUUAAGAAAGACAAGAUUUUCAUUUAAUUCCUGUUGCAGUGUAGUAAAACGUCUUAAAAUAGAGAAUGAAGAAAAUGAUCAGACCUUUUCAGAGAAACCAGCAUCUUCAACAGAAGAAAACUGUCUGGAAUUUCAAGAAUGUUUUAAACAUACAGAUAGUGAAUCUGAAGAACAUACAUACUUGAAAAAUACUCUCGAGAAUAUCAGUGCAUGUGAAUCUAAGUCACUUGAUACUGGGUCACACAGAGUUCCCCAAAAUGAUUUUGUGAAUGAGAAUCUAAAACAAGGAUUAAAGGAAGAAAAAGCAAAAUUGGUGAAACAGGUGCAGGAGAAGGAAGACCUCCUUCGGAGGCUAAAACUAGUCAAAAUGUAUAGAUCAAAGAAUGACCUGUCACAGUUACAGCUGUUGAUAAAAAAGUGGAGAAGCUGUAGCCAGCUGUUGCUUUAUGAGUUGCAGUCAGCUAUGUCUGAAGAGAACAAGAAACUAAGCCUUACUCAACUGAUAGACUACUAUGGGUUAGAUGAUAAAUUGCUACACUAUAACAGAAAUGAAGAAGAAUUUAUAGAUGUUUAAUUCAUAACAUUUAUUCUCAGAAUAUUUUUUUCUUUCUGUUUUUUUUUUUUUUUUUUCCACUUUUUCCAGUAUUAGGGGAUAAAACCUAGGCCCUCACAUGCACUCUACGACUGAGCCAUACCUCUGGUUCCUCUCCAGCAAAUAUUUGAGAAUGGCAACUUAAUGAAAAGAUACUUAGACAUUUUAAAGGGAGGAUGUUAGCCAUUAGGUUAGUAGGGGGCGGACCUAUGGCACAUGUGCCACAGCAGGCAGUUUGUAUCAUUGACAGCUCUAAAAGGCUUGCCAUCAGUACAUUAGGGUUUACAGUAAGGUGUCUUGACCAUCAAUUUAGGGUACUCUAAGACAUAUAAAUUAAGUCCUAAAAUGAAAUACAGCAUUUGAAUAGAUUUACCAAAGAAUAUCUGACAUUUUGUUAAAAGGUGGAUUUGGUGGCACUUGCCUAUAUCUAAUCCCAGCACUAUGGGAGGCUGACACAGAAGGAUGAAAAAUUUGGGCCCAGCCUGGGCAAUUUAGCAAGACUCUGCUCUUCCACCCUCACCCCGGGA